UUGUGUAAAGGAGCACUUUGCCACGAUGAUCAGAAGACUGGCUGCUUUGAUUCUUCUAAACACAUUGUCACUGCUUCAAACUGCAGAGGGUCCUCCACAGGUCUCUUGUGCAUUGCUUGAACUUGGUGAUAAUUUGACUCUAUCAUGUCCAGUCCUUCAAAAAGAAUCUGGGUUGCUUUACUGGUAUAAGCUGAAGUUUGGCUAUAUGCUUGAAACUGUUGCAGCAGGAACUUUGGACCAAAUAAAACUUCUAGAACAAAUGGACAAGUCAAGAUUCUCAGUCACGAAACGUAACGCUCGCCCUGUUCUUGACAUCAGAAAUGUAAGCAAAGAAGAUGAAGGGACAUACUUCUGUCAAGCAGGAACGGCAUACCAAAUGAAAUUUAUAAACGGAACCCUUUUGGCUGUGAAUGACUUUAAGAAUCAGGAGAGAUCUUUCUACGUGAAACAAAGUCCGCUCACUGAGUCGGUCCAGCCGGGCGACUCGGUGACUCUCCAGUGUUCACUUGUCUCCAGGAACAAAGAAGACAGAGUCCAGUGUCCAGAACAAGAACUGUGGACAUCACUCAUUGUGCUUGGGUCGCUGCUGGCUUGCUGUGUGAUUGGGAUUGCUGCUCUAAUUAUCUCCAGAAAUCAAAAGCCAGUCUGUAAACAUUGCAGAGGAGAAGCUUCCAAUCAUGCUCAACAUGCCAGAUCAGCUGAGGAUCAACCAAGCAAUGGCGAUGGUGACGAGGGGACAGUGAACUAUGUUGCGUUGGAUUUCCCCUCAAGAAGUGCUAAAAGAUGGAAGAAUACCAGCGACUUACCACAGGAGUGUCUGUACUCUGGCACAAGAGAUGCUCAGGAAAGUCAUGAAGAAUGAACAUAUCGUCAAAUGCUGCAGGAAGGAGUCCUAACUCACAGAAAUGCCGUCUUUAGCAUAAAGACGGCAUUUAUGUUUUGUGAUGCUGUCUUGAUGAACCAAGAAUAUGUAUUUACCAUAAUUCUUAACAUCAUUUUAUUGUUUUUGUAUUAUUAUUCUAAUGAUGUGUGUGAUUAAUUACUCACAAUUUUAAUGAAGAAAUAAUGUGAAAAAAUAACAUUUAAUGCCUUUAAAGAGAAAAUCCAUAUGUUCUUUAUAUUGUGAUAUUAGACAUUUUUGUCACUCGUGAUUUUUUUGGGGAUAAAAACCUGCCGUUCAAUAAAUUGUUUAGCAGUUUGACACAGCGUGGUUUAAAGUUAACAACAACGAUUGAUUAUGUAUUCUUUGAUACUAAUAAUAUUGACCAACACUCUGUAAACUGUUCAAACAAUCCUGAGAGGGGCUGCACAGUGUGGGGUAGCUGGUAAAAGAAGAACAACUCAGGCCGCCUCCAGUGAUUUAAGUUUCCUUUUGAAUCUAUGAGUCAUACCCAGAGGGGGUUUUCUUUUAAAUGUGCAGUCUGCUCAUGAAUCUGGAUUGUAUGUGUUAACAGAUCAGCAUGUUUUAGCAGUAAAAACUAUAAAGGUACUGUUAUAUAUUGUUAUUUGAGUCUACUGUGUCAUAACUUUUAAUAGCUGUUUCUACCAUGUUGUUCUCAUUAUUUUAAGACGUUCAACCAGUGAGUCACACAGAAAAAUAGAGCAGUGAAGAAUAAAUGUCAUCGCGUUAAUUUCA